AUGCCCAAGCGAAAACUCUCCGAGUACACCGACGCCCCGGCGCAAAACACAAACCUAAAACUCCAAAAGACCCGCCUAAAGCAGAAAUUCGACUACGGCGUCACGACGCUCGCGGGCGCACUCAAGACCGCGCGCGGAUUCGAGAGACAGAAGCUCGGACGCAGGCAGAAGACAGCGAAGAAUGGACCGCAGGAUGAAGAUCAGACGAAAGCGAAGGGUAAAGGAAAGGGAAAGGGAAAACCGAAGGGGAAUAGCAAGGUCAAGGUCAAGCCCGGCAAGGAACUUUUUGGGGAGGAGGCGUUGAAGAGGAUUGAGGCGGAGAUUGCGGUUUUGAAGACACUCGAUUUACACGCUACAGCGGAGAAAUACCUAUUCAAGCAGCUCAACAAGUCGAAACGCAUCGCGGAUGCGCCUGUAUUUAUCCGCUUCCGACAAUCAAAGAAGAUCUCGACGGAGGGUCCCAAGAGUACCGAGGAAGCGAAUGUCACAGCGCGGUUGUUCAAGUCGACCCCCGUGCAGAAGGUUUUGCCUGGGAUUCUGGAUGGGCUGCGCGAGUUGAUUGGGAUUGAUGCGGGCGAAGGGAAGAAGGACGGUGCGCCAGUGGAUGGGAAGCGUGGGGAGGCUUCUAUGGGUAUUGAGCGAAGGGCAGAUUCCGGCGUAUCUGAAGAGUCCGACGACGAAGCACGGGUUGCACGGGAUGUGGAUAUGGAGGACGCAGAGAGCGACGAGGAAGACUACGCGCACUUCAACGCACGACUAGCAUCAGAUUCAGAAGGCGACGACGACGAUGCCGAUUCAGACGAUGAAGCAGCUAUCCCAAAACUGAAACCCCUCCCUCCCCGCUCUGACAUGUCGAUAUCCCUCUCCCCCUCCGCCUCUCCCGAACCAGAAUUGGAAUCCCCGCCGUCAAAGAAACAAAAAGCCGCAGCGAAUGCCUCCAAAACACCCACAACAAGCACAACCUUCCUCCCAUCCCUAAUGAUGGGCGGCUACUGGUCCGGCUCCGAGUCCGAACCCGAGGAAGUUGAAGAAGCGCCACGGCGCAAGAACCGCAUGGGUCAACAGGCGCGCCGAGCUCUAUGGGAGAAGAAGUACGGCGCCGGCGCGAACCACGUCAAGGAGGGUAAGAAGAAGAGUAAUGGCCGGGAUAGCGGGUGGGAUCCGCGGAAAGGUGCAACAGAUGGGGAUAGCGCGAGGCGAAAGUUUGGUACGGGCUCAAAUACGAUGGCGUUGGGUACAGAUAAGAGGACAGGAUCCCAGCGCGGUCCUGCGGCGGGCAAGAAGCCUCAGGAUGACAAGCCGCUGCAUCCUUCCUGGGAAGCUGCUAGGAAGGCGAAGGAGCAGAAGACUAUGGCUGCUUUCCAGGGUAAGAAGGUUGUGUUUGAUUGA